AUGAAAGAAGAAGAAAUCAAUAAAGAAAAUGAAGAAUUUUCAUCCUCUUUAGGCAAUAGUAAUAGUAGUAGUAAUGGAAUAGAUGGUAAAAAUUUCGAAUUUUUAAAACAGUUAAUUAUCAAUGAAAUUAAUGAAAAAACAAAGAUUUAUUCACCAUCAACAUCACCAAAAGAUAGUUUAUUAAUUAAAGAACAAAAUGAAAUUAAAGAAGGGGUUACACAAAAAGAUUUUUUACCAAAAAUUAAUAAUAAUCACACCAGCAGCAGCGAUGGAAAUUGUAAUAAGAAAAUUAUAAAAUUAAAUAUUGGAGGUACAAUAUACUAUACAACAUUGACAACAUUGUUAAGUGAUUCAAAUUCAAUGUUCUCAUUAAUGUUUUCAGGUAGAUUCAAUAUAGAAAGAGAGGAAGAGGAUGGAUCAAUUUUUAUAGACCGUGAUGGAAAAUAUUUUCACUAUAUUUUAAAUUGGUUAAGAUCACAUUUUAUACCCUUUAUUAGUGACCCAGUCGAAAGAGAGUGUGUAUUAAACGAAGCAUUCUAUUAUCAGAUCACACCCUUGAUAGAGCAUAUUCAGCAACAGGUUCAAAAUCAAUCAUUACCAGAUCCAAAUAAAUACACCAAAAAGGAGAUUAUUCAAUUAGUUAAUAUGACACACUCUCAACAACCCAUUCAAAUCCCAUCUUCAAACUUGGCAGGUUUAGAUUUAUCUGGUUUAAAUUUAUCUGGUGUAAAUUUACGUUUCUCAAAUCUGGAAGGUUCGUCAUUAAGAUAUUGUAAUUUAGAGGGUGCAAAUUUAGAAGGCGCAAAUUUAAAAUCAUGUGACUUGAGAUAUUCAAAUCUUUGCUCUGCAAAUCUACAAAAAGCUCAGCUUCAAAAUUCUCUAUUGCAAUACUCUAGAUUCCAUGGUUCAAAUCUAUCAGAUGCCGAAUUAUGUGAUGCAUCUCUUCAAAAUGCAGAUUUCCAAAACUCUUUCCUCUCUGGAGCAAAUCUCCAUGGUGCAAAUUUAAUUGACACAAAUUUAAAUGGUGCAAAAUUACAAGGUACAUCUUUCUCAAAAGUAAUUGGUAUUGAAAAAACAAAAGGUUUACCAAAAUCAAGAUUUAUUUCUUGA